GUUUUGUAUUUGCAUGGAUGCUUCCGAGAGAGGAAACUAAAAUUUCCAAAGUUGACUAAUUCAAUUCUAUCUUGUUUUCUAGCUUGAGUGAAAGAGACCAGAGUAGGCAAGUCAACAAGUCAAUGGUCUUCCAUUUCUUUUAAGUUAACUUGAGCGUGUUCCACACUCUGAUUUGUAUUGUUGAAUUCUAAGAUCAAACCAUAUAGCCCACUGUACCUUUCAGUUCAAAAUUUCCAAACUGUCAUCUUCCUUAGGUUAGACUUUCAUAGCUUUAUAACCUGUUUUGUGCUAAACACAUAAUAAGAUAAGAAUUAUAGGUUCUUUGAAUCAUACUGUCCAAAUAAGUAAUUUUUUUAACACAAUCAUAGUCCAAAUAAUUACGUACAGCCAUAAUUUUAACAUAACCAUUUCACACUCUCAUGUUGCAUUACUUCACUGAAAAUAACAGAGUAAAUCACCUGAGGAGGUUGUUUUAAGUUUCAACAUGCUUCUUCACACUUCGAGGACUCAACUUAUCUAUUAUGUCUUGCUGGUGUAAUGAUAAUAACAAAUAACAAAUCAAAAUCUGUUUGUGUGGUUUGCAUCUUCUAUGCAUCUAGUUUGUAAGGAAUGAACAAGAAGCUAGUUGCAACGGAAAUAAGACUGAAAUCUGAAUUCUGCAAGUUUAAUGGUCUUAUUCUUAGAGAUCUGUUUAGUUGAUAGAAUGGUUAUUCCUUAAUCAUUUAUAAAAAUGAAACUAAUUACAUAUAAAUCAUGUUAAUGAUUUUUUUUUUUUUUUAUAAGGAGCCCCUGCUUAUAAUUAAAAUCAAAGGUCAGUCUUCUUUUCUCUGUUGCAUUCUCAAUAACUUUGAUAGGAUGCUUCCAGGAAACAAGAUUUCCAAAGUUGGUUAAUUGACUUGUGUUUUCACCAGAGACCAGAGCAGGCAAUUAAGUCAACAAGUCAAUGUUCAUCCACUUCUUUUACUUUAGCACGUUCCAACUACCACACACUGAUUUUUUGCAUUUAUAGGUAAGUAGAACAGAAUGAUUUUGAGAAUUGAGUAGACACAACCACAAAAGAUUAAAUUUCCUUAGCACAGUCUCCAGUUUGGUUGAGCUUCAUCUUCAUUUUGUUCUUAUCAAUUUUUAAAAUGACGGUUUUGGGUAUAGGGUCCUUCUAAUUAAUUAUCAUAAAAUGUCAAGUAAAAGAUCACGUUAAUUAUUCUUCACAACGACAUUAUUUUGGGCAACGUUCUUAUGGUCUGUUUGGGUGGUGGUGACUUUUUGUUGUACAGAGUUGGUUGCUGUAAAAUUGUACAAAGUUGUUGAAACUUAAUUGCUAUUAUAUCAAAUGUUUUAUUAGUAUUUAGAGGGAGAUUUAGUUUCCAAAACUUUAUAAUUAGAAAUUAGACAAGGGUUGUGGGAAGCCAAAACAUUUAUUAUGAUUGCCCUUCCCCUUAACAAUUCUGCUUAAGAUGGUGUUAUGACAUCAGUGGAGAUUGUGUUUAUUAAGAGAGAUUUCUGUUAGGAUUUUAAAAUGACAUAUAGUAAAUUAAUAGCUUUAGAAUUUUGUUUAUGCUAAAUGUAUGGAGUAGAAAACUUAAAGUUGUAGGAUGCGUUCAAUCAUAUUACAAAUAAUUUACCCAAGAUUUCAAAAUCAUUUCACGUAAAUCAUGUUGCCUACUGGAAUCUUCCUUGAAUCUUCUCUAAGUAAAUUAAUAUUCUUUGAUGUGCCCUUCUACGACCUUAAAUGUGUUUUCUUGAAGCUAUAUAUAAGUAGCUAGAAUGGUUUUGAGAACCCAUCAAGUAUAUUACCUUUUUACUGCUUUCAUGCCAUACUCCAUUUCUGAAUAUUUUUCAUUUCUCUGCAACCACAGGGUCCAAAAUGCAGCUAGCAAAAUACCUGCUCUUAUCAUCUAAUUUCUGACGUUCCUCAAUUACUUGUUUACCAUAUUUCCCUGACACACUCUUCAUUUUGGUUUGCCUUCAUCUUUGAUUUUAAUCUCAUCAAUUUCAAAAUGAAGAUUCUGGGUGGAGGGUCUCUUCAACAUGUCUAUGCAUUCCUGGUUUUACUUCAUGUGCAAUCUUCCAUUGGAAUCAGUUCAACAACUGCUGGUGAUGAAGUUAGGUGCAUAGAGAGCGAAAGACAAGCGCUUUUGGCAUUUAAGCAAGGUCUGGUUGACGAAUAUGGCUGGCUUUCCUCAUGGGGCAGUGAACAAGAGAGAAAGGAUUGUUGCAAAUGGGAAGGAGUUCAAUGUAGCAACACAACUGGGCACAUCAUUGUGCUUGAUCUAACUACAAUGCAUGAUGAUCAUGGUUAUUAUCUUGGCUUGAGAGGUAACCUAAGUCCUUCUCUGUUUGAGUUGUACCAUUUAACUUAUUUAGGCCUCACUGAAAUUGAUUUCAACUUUAGCCUCAUUCCGAAGUCCAUCAACUCGCCCAACAAAAUACAACAUCUUGAUCUUAGUUAUUGUAAUUUAAGUGGACCUCUUCCUAGCCAGCUUGCAAACCUCACAAGUUUGCAAUAUCUUGAUCUUGGCUUUAAUAACUUCAAUACUGUCAAAAAUCUUGAAUGGCUUUCUUAUCUUUCUUCUUUGAAAUACAUUGAUUUGAGUGGAAACGACCUAGGAAAGUCCAUCCCCAUGAUUAAUACGUCUACUUUUCUCACUGACAUUGAUUUAAGGGUAAACAAUUUGAAUUCCUCCACAUUCCACUGGUUGUUCAACUUCAGCAAGAGCCUUGUUUAUCUUGACUUGUCUGACAAUCAGUUUCAGGGUUUGAUUCCAGAAAAUCUCGGUCACAUGACUUAUCUUAAAAAGCUAAAUCUCCUCCAAAACCAAUUUGAAGGAGGGAUUCCAAAAUCCUUUGGGGAUUUGUGCAACUUACUUUCCCUAGACGUAACUUAUAACAAUCUUAACGGGUUGCUUCCUGAAAUCAUUGGCCAUGAUGACAAAGCAUCUGUAAUGUGGAAAGGAAUGGAGCGUGAUUAUGAGGAUGGAAAUCUCAGGACUCUGAGGAUUAUUGAUCUUUCAAGGAACAAAUUAACAGGAGAGAUUCCUGUCCAGAUAUCAGUUCUCUUGGAACUGGUUCAAUUGAACUUAUCAAGAAAUCGGUUGACGGGAUGUAUUCCUUCAAACAUUGGGCAGAUGAGCCAGUUAGAAUCACUUGACUUGUCAUGGAACCAGCUUUCAGGUCAGCUUCCUUGGAGCUUGUCCCAAUUAUAUUUUCUCGGCGUCUUGAACCUGUCAUAUAACAACUUUUCUGGGAGAAUCCCGUCGGGAACCCAAAUACAGACAUUUGAUGCUUCAUCAUUUGUCGGUAAUCCUGCACUCUGUGGGCUUCCUUUAACACCAACUUGCCCGGAAGAUGAAAAAUCAGAGAGCAAAACAAAAAACAGAGACAUAGCUGAAUUCUGGAAAUGGUUUGAAGCGGGUAUGGAACUUGGAGCGGCUAUCGGCUUUGUGGGAGUUCUGGCUGUGAAGUUAGAUCAUUCAUGGAAACAUCUCUGUUUCCUGUUGUUCAACAACGUGAAGCACAGCCUCGGCAACUUGAAGGACUGCCUCUAUUUACUUGUAGCAGCAGUUGGUUUGCUGGUGAGAGAGCAUGUAUCCAGAUUGGGAAGAAAGUUGAAGUUGUUCGGGUAUCAGUCUCUUCCUAGAAGCGGGUUCAAGAUGUUUCAUGUUGCAAAGUGAACUUCCAGGAUGUCUUCUCCUCUUUCCGCAUCAAUAAGUCCAAGCCGAGCAGGGCAUUGUUUCUUCCUUUAUUUAUAAGUAUGUCUGGUUGUAAGGUCUGUUUAAAUGAAAUGAUUGACGCUUU